AUGGAAGCCACACUUCAAACAGCGAUGUUGAACAGCGACGUGCCCUCCAACAAGAAACAUAAGACCACUGAGCAUGGGACAGACGACACGGAAAUCAAACCGGCCUGGAUCCUUCGACUACCGCCAGAGUUAAUGAACAUGAUCUUCUCAUUCUCAUCAGUACUAUCCGGUGCCAGCCUUGCAUUAACAUGCAAGACCUACCACGAACAAUUCCGAUCCGUCCUCACAAGACCCGAAUUCAAGUGUCCCAAGAGAGCAGAAGAGCUCAAUCCUCCAUCCGACCAACAUAUCAUCACCCCGGAAAAUGGCUUCUACGAAAGAACCGAGUUACUUCUCCGACUCGAGACGGACAAAAUAAGCUACUGCGGCUCAUGCAACAAAUUAUACCCUGCGGAUCAAUUCUAUCCCAGCAACAGCUAUAUCUGGCACAAUCAUGCUGGCAAGACGACACACCGAAGGAGCAAAUUCUCCAUAUAUUGCUGCCCUUGUCGUGUGUUCGGUCAUCCCACUUCGAGACCACACCUUCCCCCGCCCACUCGCGGCUGCAUCUAUGAAACGACCAUCAACGGCCUUCAGGGGGGAGAUAAUGGAAAGAUUAAGCAGCAUACGACGUUUGGGAAGUUCGGAGACGACGCGGUCUCCGUUGACCUGUAUCAUGAUAUCUGGUGUCCUGACUUGGAUGAGCUGGCUCAGCAAUCGGAAACACCACCACCUAUGAUGACCUGUCCACAUGCGAAUAUCUUUGAUUUUCAUCGGAACAUUGGGGCCUCUACUGGCCACCAGUAUAUUCAGUAUUCAGUAUGCACAAUGUGUCCGGAAACCACCUUUCACUUUAUGGAAUUUGGCCAAUAUUCCCGUUUAAACCUUCAUAUUCAGGUGCAUACACACAGGAUCUUGGCUGAUUCUCGGUUUCUGAGACGGUACAUUUGGGAAUUUUGA